UCCUUUCUUCCUCUUCUCACCACUUUUAUUUUUUUUGUUUUUUUAACAGAUCUGGUGGAAUUUAUCUCUUUGACCCCACCACUGGAUCUCUCUCUCUAUACAUUCAUCAGAGAUACAGAGUAAAAACGAAACACGAAGAUCAGUUAUGAAGAAUUGUGAGAGAUUCGCUAAUCUCGCUCUCGCAGGUUUGACAUUGGCACCACUCGUUGUGAGAGUGAAUCCCAAUUUGAACGUUAUUCUUACGGCAUGUCUCACAGUUUAUGUGGGUUGCUUUCGUUCUGUGAAGGAUUCUCCUCCAACAGAGACGAUGUCCAAGGAACAUGCCAUGCGUUUCCCGUUGGUUGGGAGUGCUAUGCUUCUCUCACUCUUCUUACUGUUCAAGUUUCUCUCAAAGGACUUGGUCAAUGCUGUUCUAACAGCUUACUUCUUUGUUCUUGGGAUUGUCGCUCUUUCAGCGACAUUGUUGCCCGCUAUCAGAAGAUUUCUGCCUAAUCCUUGGAAUGACAAUCUUAUUGUCUGGCGUUUUCCUUAUUUCCGAUCUUUGGAGGUAGAGUUCACAAAGUCCCAAGUCGUUGCAGGAAUCCCUGGAACCUUCUUCUGCGCGUGGUAUGCUUGGAAAAAACACUGGCUGGCUAACAAUAUCCUUGGCCUUUCCUUCUGCAUUCAGGGAAUUGAGAUGCUCUCUCUUGGCUCAUUCAAGACUGGUGCCAUCCUUUUGGUAGGACUAUUUUUCUAUGAUAUUUUCUGGGUUUUCUUUACUCCGGUCAUGGUUAGUGUUGCCAAAUCCUUUGAUGCUCCGAUAAAGCUUUUAUUCCCUACUGGCGAUGCUCUAAGACCCUAUUCCAUGCUUGGACUUGGUGAUAUUGUCAUUCCGGGUAUAUUUGUUGCACUGGCUCUAAGAUUUGAUGUGUCAAGACGCAGUCAACCACAAUACUUCACAAGUGCAUUUGUGGGAUACAUUGCCGGAGUUGUCCUAACGAUUGUAGUCAUGAACUGGUUUCAAGCAGCACAGCCUGCUUUGUUAUACAUUGUCCCAGCCGUCAUUGGGUUCUUGGCUUCUCACUGCUUUUGGAACGGUGACAUCAAACCGUUGAUGGCGUUUGAUGAAUCGAAGACUACAGAGGCGGAAGUUAACAAAACUCAUGAAGAAUGAAGACAAUGGAGAAAGAAGGGCAGAGGAGAAAUAUUUAUACACACAUAAAUGUGUUUUCAUAUAUGAAAAAAAACGAAGGAAAACAGUUUUUGUUUCCAGUGAUCAUCAGUCCCUUCAAAUGGUUCACCUUUUUGUCUUUUUUAGAUUUUCGAACAUCUUUUGGCAAAGACUUGUGUAAGUUAUAAGUUACAACAGGUUACCUUUUACUUUGGAGAUAACUAGGUUUCCUUUGACUUUCUUUAUGGAUUUUAUGUUGAAUUCGAUAGGAGGCUAAUGAAGCUAUAAAUCAUUUCGA